AUGAGCAGGCUGCAGGGAGAGGGAGGACUGCAGUGGUCCCCCAGGACCCACCAGCUGGCCCCCAACCCCUUCUGGGCGGCCGUUUUUAAGGAGGCCGCAGGCGAGGAGGAGCUGAGCCUGCACCAGGGAGACCUGCUGGAGGUGCCGCCCAAGGACUCCAGAGAUGAGAGCUGGUGGACAGAACUCUGGGAGAGGGUGGGGCUCUUCCCCAGCAAUUACCUGUCCAGUGACCCCAAGUAUGCCCAGGUCCCCUCCUCCCCCUUGGAAAUCCCCUCCCGGGAGCUGGAGCUGGACACCAUCGUUGUGGGGGGCUUUGGCAAGGUCAGCGAGGGCCUGUGCCCGGGGGGGGGGGGGGGAGAAGAGGUAGCAGUGAAGGCCACCCGCCAAGAUCCAGAGGAGGAGCUUACCGGGACAGUGAACCAAGUGCGCCAGGAGGCCUGGCUCUUUCCCAUGCUUGACAACAUCAUUGCACCGAAGGCAGUUUGCCUGAGCCCCCCCCCCCCAGCUCUGCCGUGGGAUGGCGUAUGCCUGCGGAGGGACAUUCAGCCAGGCUCGGGCAAGAAGCUCCCUCCUCGCAUCCUGGUCAACUGGCAGAUUGCGCAGGGCAUGAAGUACCUUCACCAGGGAGCCCCGGUUCCCGUCGUCCAUUAAAGUCCAUCAACGGUAAGCCAUCUGGACGGAGGCCUCUGUUCUGAUCUUGACUUGAGCCAACACACCCUCAAGAUCACCGACUUUGGCCUGGCACACGAGUGGCAUAAAACCACUCAGAUGAGUGCAGCUGGCACUUAUGCCUGGAUGGCGCCAGAGGUCAUCAAGCGUUCUGUCUUUCCCAGAGCAGCGAGGUGA